GGCUUGACAGCUCCAUUCGUAGAUGCCAUUCUAUCCAUAUUGAACCUGUCAAGGUUACGUUCGAGAAAUAGAACUCGUCCCCUCGAGAAAUACAAAAUAAAUAUCAACACGUCAAGUCGGCUUGUUCAUGAAUUAUUAUUUUUGACCAAAAAACAAUAGAAGGAAGAGUCCUUGGAGAAUGUCCCGUAUCGACUUGAAGGUUCGCAGUCCGAACCGAGGACAAGUGGAUUUCCAUAUCUCAGUCAAGAUGCCGCUGGAGAAGAUGAUGCGGGCAUAUGCGGAUUACUACAAAAUGCCAUACAAACGUUUUGUGUUUCGAGUUCGUGGUCUCCGGAUCGAGGACACUGACACGGCUGAGGUGCUCAGUCUCCGGAACAAUGAUAUCAUAAAUGUGGUCGAGACGAAGAGACGUAGAACAAACAUGGGAAUGUGUGUUUCAAUUUAUUUGCCUUGUGUAACGUUUUUGCCCUGGCCCUGUCCUUACUGCUGGGAAUCACCAACUUGCAACUAUUUUUUCGGAAAUCCCUAUGCUCCUGGUUGCCCUUGUGGCUUCAAAAGGCCAAAGCGCUAUUACGAUUGAUCCAGAACUUCGAUUUUUAUUUCUUCCAAAUUUAAAAAACAAAAAUUGGAAUGUCUGUUUUUAUGUGCUAUUUAAAUUUGUACUAACAAUGUAUGGCAUUGCUUUAAUACAUACUCUAAAAUAUUCCGUGCUAAUCUA